AUGACCCUAGUACAAUACUCUGAUUCGGAAUCCGACUCAGAGUCUAGAUCUCCUCUCCGCCCAGUCAAGAAAUCUCGCCACGACCUUAAUCCAGGGCCAUCGCUGCCGCCCUUACCUGCAGCAUUCCACAACCUAUAUGCCUCGAGCACACGUGUGAGCGUGCAAGAUAAUCCCAGUCUUCAUGGCGGUCGAACACGCGUAAUUCCUCAUGUUGAAGGAAAUUGGCCAACACAUCUUUACCUAGAAUGGUAUCCGGGGAAAGAGGAGCUGUCGCUUCUUGGAGGUGUUAUCUCUCAGUCUGGAGAUUUGCCGGAUGAAAAAGCGCCUGUAAUACACAGUCUUCUUCAUAGUGAUCUCGGUGCCCAGCUACCACUUCAUAUCAGCCUGUCGCGGCCGGUGGUUCUUCGCACCGAGCAGCGUGCCUCGUUUACUGAGGCGUUGCAGAAGGCUAUUCAUGACUCGCAUGUUCUAUCAUUUAAUGUCCAGCCGAAUUCUCUAUAUUGGUCAUCUAAUUAUGAAAAGACACGCUGGUUUCUCGUCUUGGGCGUGCAGAGACCGAGCCAUGACGGUUUGAACCGCCUCUUGAAGUUAUCAAAUGAGACACUCGCUCGCUUUGGUCAGCCACCCCUUUAUGCGACCUCCCCGAGUCGACAGCAGCAGACUAGUGCAUCCACCCAAAACAGGAUUAGUAGUCCGAGCGGCGAGGAUUUCUCCGGGUGCUUCCAUAUCUCACUUGCCUGGAGCCUGUCAGAACCUAGCCCGAAAGAACGUGAAAGGGUCGCCGGGAUAGAUUUGCGAGCCUUGCGGGAAAUCCAGGUUGAAUUUGACAGUGUCAAAGCAAAGAUUGGAAAUAUUGUUGGCAGUAUACCAUUAGGAAAAAGCUUAUAG